AUGUCCAUGAAAGCAAAAAUCAAGUCAUUCUUUGGUUCCAAUAGGCAAUAUGCUGUUGCCGGAGCCUCUAAUAACCCUUCCAAAUUUGGGUACAAGAUUUUGAAUUGGUAUGUGAAGCACAACUUGUCUGCUAUUCCAAUCAACCCAAAAGAACAAGAAAUAUUGGGUCAACCAGUUGUUUCCAAUGUCACUCAGAUUAUUAAAGCUAUUGAAGAGCACAAGAACUUGAAGGACUACAAAACAUCCAGUGUUGACGGGUUGAGCAUCUCCUUUUUGACCCCUCCUCCAAUUACUGUGGCUACUUUGAAAGAAAUCUCUAAUAUUGAUGGUUACAAGUCGAUAAUUAAGGGCUUGUGGUUCCAACCAGGUAGCUAUGACCAAGAAGUAUUAGAUUUGGCUGAGCAGUUGGGAGACUACGAUAAAGUUAUCGAAGAGGACGAAUGCAUUUUAGUCAGAGGAGAAGAGGGCUUACUCUCAGCAAACUUGUAA